UUACGCGAUACUACAGCUCCGUCUCAAAGGAUGAGCUGCGCGUUAGAUACCUGGACAGAGAAGACAGCGGUAUUGUCGUCGUUGGAAUAAAUCGACCAAAAGCCAAAAAUGCCAUAAACAAAAAUCUUGUGAAAAUGAUGUUUGAAGCUGUGGAGGACAUCAAGAAGAAUAAAAAAGUGCGCAGUGUAAUUUUAUGUAGUUUGGUUCCUGGUAUAUUUUGUGCAGGUGCAGAUCUGAAGGAGAGAGCCAAGAUGCACCAGAGCGAAGUGGGACCAUUUGUAUCCAAAGCAAGAGCCCUCAUUACAGAGCUAGGAAACCUGCCAGUACCAACAAUUGCUGCAAUUGAUGGUGCUGCCUUAGGAGGAGGUUUGGAAAUGGCCCUUGCUUGUGACAUCAGAAUUUCCUCCAAUACUGCCAAAAUGGGACUAGUUGAGACUAAACUUGCAAUUAUUCCUGGAGCAGGUGGUACACAACGUCUCCCUAGGGUGAUUGGCGUCUCUCUAGCCAAGGAGCUCAUCUUUGCUGCGCGAGUGGUUGAUGGAACACAGGCGCAACAAAUGGGUCUUGUCAGUCAUUCUGUGGAGCAGAAUAACAGUGGAGAUGCUGCCUACUUGAGGGCUCUGGAGCUUGCACGGGAGAUUAACCCCCAGGGCCCAAUUGCAAUAAGGAUGGCAAAGUUGGCAAUUAACCAGGGGAUAGAGGUGGAUUUAUCUACAGGUCUGGCAAUAGAAGAGGCUUGUUAUUCCCAGGUGAUACCAACCAAAGACCGUUUGGAAGGCUUGUCUGCUUUCAAGGAGAAGAGGCAGCCUCAGUACAAAGGGGAAUGAAGUCAUCGUUCCAGAAUCGAUCAGUCUGCCUUCAGCUCUGCUACUGUUCCACUGCUUCCAACAUAAAUUAUGGGUCAGA